AACAAUUCCAUAUAAGCCAUAUAUGUAUUUAAAUGCUGGUUCUUUGCGAAUGCCCUGUAGAAUAGUCGGUGAAGUGUAGUUUGUUCAAAACAAAGAGCGUGCGAUACCGGCCGGAACUUUGGCUUGGUUGAUAGAAUCAUCAUAACAAGACAAGUCCAAAUAUAUAUAUCUAUAAAUUGAUGUCAAAACAAACAUGGCCAUUAUGUAAUGGUCCAAUACUGACUCCAGCUUUUAAGCAUUUUUGAUACACCAACGACGAUACCGAAAGAUGGGCGUGGAUAUGCUGGUGCUUCUGACGGCGGCGGCCCAUCUGGUCUACACGCCCUUUACCAAAGUGGAGGAGAGCUUUAACUUGCAGGCCAUGCAUGACAUUUUGUACUUGCGCAGCAAUUUCACUCAGUAUGAUCACCAUGAGUAUCCUGGCGUAGUACCCCGCACCUUUAUUGGCCCGCUGGUGGUGUCAAUGCUGUCGGCACCAUUUGUGCUGCUCUUCGAGACUCUGAGGCUCAAUAAGUUCUGGGCACAAUAUGUAGUGCGCCUUGUGUUAGCUGGAGCUAUUUCCCUAGCUUGGAACAACCUGCGUCAGGCUGUGACAAAGAUCUACGGGGUGGAGGUGCGUCUGUGGUUCACGGCCAUAACAAUAACGCAGUUUCAUUUCAUGUUCUACAUGACGCGUCCACUGCCCAACAUAUUUGCUCUGCCCAUAGUGCUCUAUGCUAUUGCUUAUUGGAUGCGCGGCCAACAGAAGCCAUUCAUUGUGUGCUCUGGCAUUGCCAUACUGGUCUUCCGAUCGGAGUUGGCCAUUUUUUUGGGACUACUGCUGGCCAUUAACUUACUGCAGCGGCAGCUGUCCAUUGAUAGGCUGUUGAAGAUUGCUUUGCCAGCGGGCGUUUGCAUUUUGGCCGCCUCAGUGCUUGUGGACUCGUUCUUCUGGCGGCGCCUGCUCUGGCCCGAGGGUGAGGUACUAUGGUAUAAUACCAUUCUUAAUAAGAGCUCAAACUGGGGCACGUCACCGUUCCUUUGGUACUUCUACUCGGCCCUGCCUCGGGCUAUGGGAGCAUCGUUAUUAUUUGUGCCAAUCGGUUGUGUCCUAGAGCCCAGAAUUCGUCCCUUGGCUUUGUCAGCGCUGGCCUUUGUACUGCUCUACUCUGUACUUCCCCACAAAGAGCUGCGUUUCAUCAUAUAUGUAUUUCCUGUGCUGAACAUAGCCGCAGCUUGCGCCUGCCAACGCAUAUGGAUGAACUGUGCCAAGUCGACGUGGCAUAGCUGCCUGGCUUUGGGGUCCGUCGGUCAUCUUCUACUAAAUGUCUUUGUGACCGUGUUUUUGCUUGUCAUUUCGGGAACAAACUAUCCGGGCGGAGCGGCCCUGUCUCGGCUGCAUCGCUUGGAGAGCGCAACCCCUAAUGUGUCGGUACACAUUGCCAACUUGGCUGCCCAAAGUGGAGUGUCCCGUUUCAUGGAAAUUCGUGAUGAAUGGACCUACAGCAAGGAUGAGUCUAUGAAUUACACCCAAGCUGAAAUAGCCAGAUAUACCCAUCUUUUGGUGGAAGCCAAAAACAAGCAUAACACGGAGCUAUGGUCAUCGCUGCAGGAUGAUUUCGACACCUUGGAGUUUGUCGAUUGCUUCAACAGCAUCGGCAUACAAUACAAUUCCCUGUUGCCGGUUCGAGUUAAGACAAAGCCUUGCAUAGGCAUCCUCAAGAAACGGGCAACGACGCCGCCGGCAAUACUGAAAGAGAAAACCAAAACAAAAGUAAAAAAGACAAAAGUGCUGGAGCCUAAACCAGUAACAGCAGAUCCAGUGCCUACAGUGGAGAUCCCCAAGGAAAAUAAAGUGCCUGAAGCCAAGGAGGACCAGUUUCUAGAUCUGGAUGAUGAUGACGGCAUUGUGGCGACUGUGGAAGAGACCUCCAUUGAGCUCAAUGCCAACAUUGAUCCUGAGGUUGACGCACCCGAUGCUCCAACUAAGGAGAUCAAUUUUCUGGAACUACGAAACCUGGCCCUGGGACAAGCCUCGCGAACAUCGCGGGCGGCAACCAAGCUGAAGAUACGCCAGAUUAUCGAGCAGCACUAUCGCGCCAAGGGCAAGGAUAUCGAAAACGACUCCUCGGAGACGACGCCAAAGACCACAGGUGCCACUGGCGGGCGACCAGGAAUAAGACAGUCUGUAAAAUCAAUAAUUAAGCAGGAAAAAAUCAAAGAGAUGAUUGAGCAGAUUGCAACAAUGGACCUCACGCGCAUCUGCGAUUUGGAAAAGACGUCAACGAAGGACUGUUUAAAACAGGUAAUAGACAAAAUAGACGACGAGAACACGAAAACCAAAUGAUCGACGAUCGUGCUGUAAUAGAUCUAAAUAAAAGUUUAUAAUUGUGUGUGUUGGACUUAUAAAAAAUAAAAAGUUAAAUCUUAAUUCAAAA